GAGGAUGAACGCAUGAAACUCCGACAGCUGAAACUAGAGUAUCAGAGAGCUCUUCUAGAGAAGAAGCAGAGGCAGAAACGUCUUGAUCCCUUGAUGGUACAGCCAAAUACUGAAGCAAAGCUGCCUAGGUCCAAGCCCAAAAGGUGUGAGGAGCAGACUCCUUUAGUAGAAACUCCUACCCCUUUCCACAGUGGUGUUACAUUACAUGGCAUUGAUGGACCAGCUGCUUUCCUGAAAUCUGAAGUGCAAGUUCUGGGGACCAAGCUCCAAACUCUCUCUGCUGGAUCUUUUAAAACAGAAGACAGUGCAGAUCAGGAAAAUGAUAGAGAGGCUCUAACAGACACAGCAGGCAAGCCAGACCUGCAAGAAAUCUUACAGAAACGAGGAAUUUCAGACAGUUUGAAUUUUGAUGAGGAUGGCACAGACGAGGAAGAAGCUAAUAAGAGACCAGCAUCUCAUUCACAGGGUCCUGAAUCUGAGAGGCCUAGUUCUGCAACCAGUGAGAGAUCUUUUACUGAAACAGGUGCUUCCUGUAGUCCAUCCCCUCAGGCAGAUGCACAGCUGGGAGAAGUGGAGAACUUGGAGGAUUUUGCAUUACACCCUGCACCCCGUGGUGUUACAGUCAAGUGUCGAAUCACUAGAGAUAAGAAGGGAAUGGACGGGGGCCUCUUCCCUACAUAUUAUAUGCAUCUGGAAAGGGAGGACAACAGAAAGACAUUCCUCCUUGCAGGGAGAAAACGAAAAAAGAGCAAAACAUCCAAUUACCUCAUAUCAGUUGACCCAACUGAUUUAUCCCGGCAAGGGGAAGGUUUCAUUGGAAAACUCAGGUCAAACCUUAUGGGAACCAAAUUUACAGUCUACGACCGUGGAGUCAACCCAACCAAGGCACAAACUCUAGUGGAAAAGGCUCGUACAAGACAGGAGCUUGCAGCUAUUUGCUAUGAAACCAAUGUGUUAGGAUUCAAGGGUCCCAGAAAAAUGUCUGUGAUCAUUCCAGGAAUGAAUACGAAUCAUAAGCGAAUUCCAGUCCAUCCGCAAAAUGAACAUGAGAAUCUGCUGUCAAAAUGGCAAACCAAAAAUUUAGACAACCUCAUUGAGCUGCACAACAAGGCUCCAGUCUGGAACGAUGAUACUCAAUCCUAUGUUUUGAACUUCCAUGGGAGAGUUACUCAGGCCUCAGUGAAGAACUUCCAGAUUGUCCAUGACGAUGACCCUGACUACAUUGUGAUGCAGUUUGGUCGUGUAGCAGAAGAUGUGUUCACUCUGGACUAUAAUUAUCCUCUCUGUGCUCUUCAGGCCUUUGCUAUUGGACUCUCCAGCUUUGAUAGUAAAUUGGCCUGUGAAUAAGAGACAACAGACUUGAAACAUGGGACUCGCUCCCAUCCCUUGUAUCUUGUUGUAAGAGAUCCCGCUGGAGUGAUGAGAACUACAUUGGGGCUGAAAGGGAACUGGAGGACAGACUUACGCAGACUUACCAGAAAGCAAAGACCAGGCCUCAGAGUAUUAUGGCAGUUAACAGCAGACCAUCUUAGACUGUCCCAGGACUGAGCACUCUC